AAUCUAUCAAUGAAGCAACUGUAUUAGAGAGAAAUUUAAAGAAAUAAAAUUCAAAUAUUAUGUUAUAUAAAGCAGCUUAACUCCAACAUAAGAGGCGCGCCCUGGCCUGGAAAGACCUAUUAUGGAUCUUCCUAAACUCAGUUAAAACUGUCCAGAUGCCUUUGAGAACAUAUUCAUACUAAUAGGAUCCAUCAUUUAGCAAUGCUUAGGUUCAGUGAUAUGAUCACAUCCAAAGUGAAAGUAUCCCAGUCUAGCCAAAUUAUUACAUCUGCAAAUAAUGUGAUGGGCGUUUCAUCCUCUAGGCCACAUAGCCUGCAGGUAGGUGGAGGUCUCACUCACACCCAAAUUGUAAAGGUGCCUAUUUAUUUAUCAGCCCUCAAAAGUUUUUUUCCAGCUUCUUUCCAGGUAACUAAACUUAAACAGCUUCGAAUGGGGAGCCAAAUUAAAUCGAAUUCGGUACAUUUGUUUAGGUGCUCCCGCUUACAAGGUAUAGGUUUUUCGGCCGCCUUCUUGAUAGGAAAGUACUUUCGGUGAAGUAUACAUAAAUUUAGAGGACUUCGAGGAGAAGUCUUAGUCCAAGUUUCAUUAAAAUCGGUACUUUAAUUUUGGUGCUACAGAUUUUUCGGCAUUUGGAAAGAAAGGGUAGACCCCCUUUGUCAAUGACAUCGAAUCUCAAAACAAUUGGCGCUGUAGUUUUAGAGAAAAGCCCUGGACGGACGGAUUUUUUAAAUUUGAUUUUUGGAUCCUACAUAUCUUGAAACGUAAAACUUCAAAUUUUGAAGGGGAUUAACUUUUUAAUUCUUGGUCGUUUAAAAAGGUUAAUUAUUGCAAAUAAUAAAUCAAAAUUAAUGUCUCAACCAUAUGUAAUCCAUCUGGUUAACAAGUUCCUCUGUUACAUCCUAUGCUAUCCAUGAACUAAAAUAUUGGAAACCUUAUCAAUUAUAGAGUUAAUUGUUUAAAAUGAGCAUAGAUUAUUACAAGCAAAGAUAUGUGCCAAAUAAUUACGCCCAAUAUUCAUCUGAGAAUUCUGCAUUCGUAUCAUCUACCGAUAUCACCAAUGAACUUGGACAAAGAAUUGACAAAACAGAAAAAGCUCUUUACCAAAAAAUAAAAGAUUUGGACCGUCAGGAGACAAGUUGUACAAAACAUUCGAUUUACGUAGGAUCUUGUGGAAUAGCUUUGCUUUACCUUCAUAAAUACAUGAAGCAGAACGAUAGCGAUGCAUUGGCGAGAGGAAAAAGAAUAAUAACUGAUGCUAAUGAAAAGUUCAAAAAUAGAGGAAUCAGUUUCCUCCAAGGUGAUGCUGGGCCCUUAGCUUUGGGGUUUUUAUUUAAUGCAUAUACAUCUGGAAGUACCUCACCAACUGAUUACUCUCGUAGAUUAUGUACUUUAGCUGAUAAGAACGCAAACUCAGCGAGUGAACUUUUAACUGGAAGGGCUGGAUAUCUUUAUGCUUUGCUGUUUGUUCAGAAACACUUUAAAAACAUAAUAUCAGACGAAUUAUUGAGGAAGCAAAUAAGUAUCAUACUUCAUGCUGGAGUGCAGAGAGCAGAAAUAACACCUUGUGAAGCACCAUUAGUCUACGAAUGGUGUGAUAAUAAUUACUUAGGAGCAGCCCAUGGUGUCGCCGGAAUUCUCUACAUUUUACUUUGUUGUUCACAUUUACUGACACCGACUGAAAAAAACAACUUGAUACAGCCUACGAUUGAAUGGUUACUUUCUCAACGUUUUCCAUCCGGCAACUUCAAGCCAGACCCGGACACGAACCAAGACAAUCUUGUUCAGUGGUGCCACGGAGCACCAGGAUUCGUUCAUCUUUUCACACUGGCCAGUGAGGUAUUCAAGUCACAAAAAUACUUAGAAGUAGCACUUCAGUGUGGUGAAAUCGUUUGGGAAAGAGGCCUGCUAUCGAAAGGAUAUUCGAUUUGCCAUGGAGUAUCGGGAAACGCUUAUGCUUUUCUCGAGUUAUAUAAAUACACAAAGAGUGUGAAACACCUCCAUAGAGCAGCUUGUUUUGCCGAUUGGUGCACUUAUUAUCCUAGAAACGAAUACAUGAAACCUGACCACCCGUUUUCACUGUUUGAAGGUUUAGCUGGACUGGUUUACUUCUUAAAUGACAUUAGAAAACCCACUAUGUCAUGUUUUCCUGCUUAUGGAUUGUAAAUAAUGCCUCUUUAAAACAUUUAAGUUGAAAAUAAAUUGUUUUAUGGAAUCAAAUUUCAUUUUUCCAAUAUAUAUA